CUGAUCGCUGACGCGCCAUCACACCACGAGCCGCUCUGCCCGCUCAUUGGCCGGCGGGGACCUGGCCUCAUUGACAACAAACCCACGGACAGCGCCGCCCGCUGAGGUUUCCGACAGGUGGAUGGGCGGAGUACGCGCGGGGCUAGCCCAAGAUGGCGCCGCUUGGGGCCCGGAGCCUGAGCUGAGGGAGCGCCGGCAGGCUGGGGAAGGGUUAAUGCGCUGGGUGUUGCCGCCGUUCCCUCGCACGAGCUGAGCUGCUCGGGUUGGUGCUGGGCCGGGCGCGCCUAGCCGGCAAUGGAGAGUAACGGCGAGCUGAGCAGCAUGGAGACCAUGGAGACCCUGACGGAGCUCGGCGACGAGCUCACGCUGGGCGACAUUGACGAGAUGCUGCAGUUUGUUAGCAACCAGGUUGGAGAUUUUCCAGAUUUGUUUUCCGAUCAUUUGUGUGGCACCUUCCAGAGCAGCAGUGCAUGUAACGGGGCUGGAACAGUGGAUCCCUCAUCGCAGAGGCCAUAUGGCCAGGGGCAGUUACAGUCCUUCUCACCCAAUGCAUCUUCAACACAACUUCAAACUGUGCAAGUGAAGGUAUCCCAGCCAGCCACUGCAACACCUGUUCCUCCACGUUCUGCACCCCCUCUUCAGCCUCGUCCCCAGGUUCAGCCACAACUUCAGCAACAGACGGUUAUGAUUACUCCAACUUUCAGCUCUGCUCCCCAAACCCGGAUCAUUCAGCAGCCUGUAAUCUACCAAAAUGCAGCUACAAGUUUUCAAGUGCUGCAGCCCCAGGUUCAGAGCCUGGUGACUUCCUCCCAAGUUCAACCACUCACCAUCCAGCAGCAGGUGCAGACCAUGCAGGCUCAGAGGGUGUUGACACAGACCGCCAAUGGCACCAUCCAGACACUGACCCCAGCCACAGUCCAGGCAGUAGCUGCCCCACAAGUCCAGCAGGUUCCAGUCCUUGUCCAACCACAGAUAAUCAAGACAGAUUCUCUUGUUCUAACAACACUGAAAGCUGAUGGUAAUCCCGUCAUGGCUGCAGUUCAGAAUCCAGCCCUCACAACAUUGACCACACCUAUUCAGACAACUGCUCUGCAGACUUUAGUUGGUGGCAGUGGAACCAUCUUGACCACAAUGCCCAUGAUGAUGGGAGGGCAGGAGAAGAUGUCUAUCAAACAGGUACCUGGGGGUGCCAAGCAGCCAGAACCUCCAAAGGAAGGAGAGAGACGAACAACCCAUAAUAUUAUUGAGAAACGAUAUCGAUCAUCAAUAAAUGACAAGAUCAUAGAACUAAAAGAUCUUGUUAUGGGAACAGAUGCCAAGAUGCACAAAUCUGGUGUACUGAGGAAGGCCAUUGACUACAUUAAAUAUCUGCAGCAGGUUAACCAUAAGCUAAGACAGGAGAACAUGGUCCUGAAGUUGGCUAGCCAGAAAAACAAGUUGUUGAAGGGUUUUGACCUAAGCAGUUUAGUGGACAAUGAUGUGGAUCUGAAGAUAGAUGACUUCAACCAAAAUGCUCUGAUGAUGUCUCCUCCAGCUUCUGACUCAGGGUCACCAGCAGAUUAUUCUCCAUAUUCAAUUGAUUCGGAGCCAGGAAGCCCAUUGUUGGAUGAUGCAAAGGCAGUUAAAGAUGAACCUGACUCUCCACCUGUUGCUCUUGGAAUGGUUGACCGCUCCCGCAUGCUGCUUUGUGCUCUUACGUUCCUCUGUCUGUCCUUCAAUCCUCUAACAUCCCUCCUGGAGGGCCAAAGGACAUCUGAUUCUGAUGGUUCUGUACGUCAUAGCUCUGGGAGGAGCAUACUGACAAUAGAUUCAGGCUCUGGUGGCUGGUUUGGCUGGAUGAUGCCCACUCUGAUCUUAUGGCUUGUGAACGGUGUUAUUGUUCUGAGUGUAUGCUUAAAAUUGCUAGUUCACGGAGAGCCAGUGACCCGACUGCACUCCCGCUCAUCGGUGACCUUCUGGCGACAUCGGAAACAGGCAGACCUGGAUUUGGCCAAGGGUGAUUUUGCAGCAGCUGCAUCAAACUUGCAGACUUGCUUAUCUGCCCUGGGUCGAGCACUUCCUGCCUCUCGAUUGGACUUGGCCUGCAGCCUGUCCUGGAAUGUCAUUCGCUACAGUCUCCAAAAAUUGGGACUGGUUCGCUGGUUACUGAAAAGGACAUCACGGCAGAGACGAGCAUCAGAGGCCCCUGUGGGUUUUGAGGAUGAAGCCAAAACAAGUGCUCGUGAUGCAGCUUUAGCAUAUCAUAAGCUCCAUCAGCUCCAUAUUACAGGGAAGCUUCCUUCCAGUUCAGCCUACUCAGGAUUGCACAUGGCCCUGUGUGCAGUGAAUCUGGCUGAAUGUGCAGAGGAAAAGAUUCCACCAAGCACACUGGCGGAGAUUCACCUGACUGCUGCAGUUGGCCUGAAGACUCGCUGUGGUGGCAAGCUAGGCUUCCUGGCGAGUUAUUUCUUAAGUCAAGCCCAGAGCUUGUGUAGUUCUGAACGCAGUGCCAUUCCUGACUCCUUACGCUGGCUGUGUCACCCAUUGGGACAAAAAUUUUUUGUGGAGCGGAGCUGGACGGUCAAAGUUGCUGCUAAGGAAAGCCUAUAUUGCACUCAGAGGAACCCAGCUGAUCCCAUUGCACAGGUGCACCAGGCAUUCUGUGAGAACCUGCUGGAGAGAGCUGUUGAAUCGCUGGUGAAACCUCAAAUCCCAAAGGGUGCUACAGGCCAUGAUGAUGAAGAGCCCUGUGAAUUCUCUAAUGCUUCGGAAUACCUGAAGUUACUCAAUUCUUUUGUGGACUCUUUGGGAAGUGGAACACCAUCUUUCAUUGGCAAUUCUGUUUUGAGGUCUGCCCUGGGUCCUGAUGUGGUCUGCAGGUGGUGGUCAUCAGCGAUCACUAUGACAAUCAGCUGGCUUAAGGGUGACAAUACAGCUCUGAGAUCCCAGUUUACCAAUGUGGAGCGAAUCCCUAAGUGCUUGGAGAUGAUGGAGAAUGCCCUUGUGAAAGCUGUCUUCCAUGUGUGCAAAGCCAUGCAUGCCUCCUUGUCAAGCAAGGCCGAUGGGCAACAGAGCUCCUUUGGCCAUUGUGAAAGAGCCAGCACUCAUCUUUGGAACAGCCUCAACAUGAGCAGUGGGGUCUCUAGCACAGGUCUUAAUGAAAUGAUCCAGCUGUUGGCUUGUGACCUGUUGCUAUCUCUCCGGACCACUCUGUGGCAGAAGCAGAUGAGCUCCAGCCAAGCCCUGGGAGAAACCUACCAUGCAUCUGCUUCAGAACUAACUGGAUUCCAGCGUGACCUUGGCAGUCUGCGAAAACUGGCCCAUAGCUUCAGACCUGCUUAUCGAAAGGUAUUCCUGCAUGAGGCCACUGUGCGCUUGAUGGCAGGGGCCAGCCCCACCCGCACUCAUCAGCUGCUGGAGCACAGUCUCCGGCGUCGGACUCCCCAGAGCACCAAGCAAGGUGAGCUGGAUGUUCUUCCUGGGCAGAGGGAACGAGCUACAGCGAUUCUCUUAGCCUGCCGCCACCUCCCCCUCUCCUUCCUGUCAUCCCCAGGCCAGCGCGCUGUCCUGCUGGCAGAAGCAGCCCGCACGCUGGAGAAAGUUGGGGACAAGCGUUCCUGCAAUGACUGUCAGCAGAUGAUUGUGAAGCUGAGUGGUGGCACAGCCAUUGCUGCAUCCUAACCCUGGAGGUUGCAGCCUCACCCACCAAUCAAACUGGAUUCUUGCCCCCUUUCUAUCCCUUCCUCCCGCUUUGAAUGCUGUUCUAGCUUUGGAACCAUGGAAGUGACAUUAUGCUGGACUUGGUGUAAAUUGGCUUGGGUGGCUAGUGAGUUGCCUCAGCCAAGAAAGGACACUCACCUUGGAUCAAGAGGGCAAUUGUUUUCCCCAGUGGCAAAGUCUCUGCGAUGCCUUGGAAAAGAGAAGCUCCUCUGAGGAGGGCUUGAAUUCAGCAAGCUUUCUUUCCUUCCUCUUUCCAAAACAAUCUAACAGGAACUUCUUUCAGGGAGGAGGAGUGUGAGGACCUGUCCUCUAAACUCCUUGCUUAGCAACUGUGGUGACUCUUAAUCAAUGGCUCAUGAGCCAUAUACUUGGGGCAGCCCAAGGGAGGAAUUGGCUGUGGUUCACCUCUUGGCCCUCGGGAGGCUGCAUCUUUUUUCAUGGAAGCCUUUCUAUCGAUUCUGCAUUCUCUGAGAGUUUUGGGAAGUUAGACCAGCUCUUCUGAGGCGGUGCAUUGCAGUUUGUAUGCCAUUUGGGGGUUUUCUAGUGAUGAUUUAUGACUUUGCAAACUGUAGAGACAACAAUGAGGUCUUUUUCUUCUGUUUUCUGUCUCCUGUCUUUCACUUCUCACUUUGUCUUUCCCUUCUAUCAGCCUACAGUUAUAUUGCUGUUAAGCUAGAUGUUGGGUCCUUAACUGUGACUUAGGGCAUCUAGUUCAAAAAUGCAUUUAGAUAGGUGAGGACUUUUUGCUUAUUAGAAAAACAGCAGCAGCAGCAAAACAGGAUUCUAAUCUGGAUUAGGAAUGUGCGUGUGUACAGGAGUAGCCCUUUUCCCAAGACUGUUUUGCUGCCAGAAAUCACCCUUGCCCCCCAAAAUUGCUAUUUCUUCUGUAUAUUUUUUAAAAUACUGCAUCAAACAGUAGCUUGUGUAGGGGUUCAGCAGGGCCUUGCAGUGGAUUUCUGUGAAAAGAGAGUUGUGGCCACUGAUGAAUCACAUAACUAAAACCAUCAGCUGGUUUGACCCUAAAGAAGAAGCAAACUGAAAGCCCUUCUUCCUUGAAUACGUGAUUCCUGUGGUAGUUGUUUCCUUGUAAGUAUGUGCAACAUAGCACAGCAUCCUAGGACAUGCCUGCUUUACCAACCCAAGUUGUCAUGGCUAUAUCCUGUUCUUUCUCUUGAUUCUUUAAGAAAACUGACAAAGAAACUUUUUAAACAGUGUGCUUGUGUGUUACCUAGAUAACCUUUGACCUUGGAGAAAGCAGCAAAAUUGUAAGCUGGUUCUUCUUUAUGGCAGAAUAGGUUCUAGGAAGAUACACUUUUAUGCUGCAUCGAAUUCUGAGUCUCACAAAACUCUUUAGCCUUUCCCUGCUGCCAGUAGCACCUUUUUAAAUUCUGGUUAUUCUUAUUUCAUCUUUCCACACCUACAGAAUUGCCUAUUGAAAAAUAAUAUAUACAAACACACCAAAUGUGAAUUGGGGGGCACUGGGGAGUUUUGUGUGUAGGGGAGUGUCCUAUGAGUAUGACACAAAUGUACCUUACAUUGUUCCUCAAAGUAGUUCUGUCUUUGGUAAUUCUUUAUUAAACAUGUGACCAUACUUUACAGCAAAAGUAGGACUGUCUUUAAAGGAAAGAAAAAGUAAUUUGCCUCCUAAACCUCUCAUUAACAAUUUUUUAUUCAAAUUACUCUGACCCAAGAUACAAACCGGAAAGAUUAGGUGGGUUCAAAUCUUGCAGCUGUUACAUAAGUGGAGGAAUGUUAUCCAAAGUCACAUCAAUAACAGGUGCCUCUCAUAUUAAUGUCCAACUUUUAUUUUAUAUCCACAGAAAGAACCAAAACCUGAUUGUAUAAUAAAGCUUUGUGGAAUUUCUAUUUUGAAAGCCUUUUCUCAGUCUUCCUAAAUGUUUUGGAUCUAAGAAGGAGCAGUUUCAUGGCAGCUUCAAUUUCCCACUGGUAGAUGCAAAUGGAUAUUUUAUUUAUGUGUCCUUUUUCACUCUGGCCCCAAAAGUACACAGUGCAUUUAACCUGUGGGCUUCUGGGAAGUUGCUUUGUUAGCAUAGAUUCAUGAGUGGAUCUAUCUUGCAUCAUAUAAUAAUACAGAUCUGCUUGGCUGCUUUUCCUGAAACACUGAUGGCCACUGUGGCCUGAAUUUGUGGCUCAGAUGCAAUUCACACUUCUGACCCAUAGGCAUGUUGAACUGGGCAGGCUGAAAUUUGAGUAGCAUCCUGUUAUUUCAGGGUUUUUCCCAAUGAUGGCUUCUGUAGUGAUGGUAGCAACAGUAAGGGUAACAAACUACCUCAGUGAAAAUGAUACCUAUUAGUGGGAGAGGAUUCAAUGAGAUCAUUGCUGGUUUAGCUCACAAUUGCUGUGCCACAUGCAGAACUUGCUGAUCUGUUUGUAGUAGCAGCAGACAAUUCAGGAUUAACACAGGGCCAGGAUAUUCUAUUAGGCAAAUUGAUUAAGCAAGCUUGACAUUGGAAAAUCCAUCUGGAACUUUGCAUAGCAAAUGAUCUCAUGUGCUUAAUUUACACUGUUUCUAGGUUAGUUUACCCUGAAGUGCAUUCCCCAUUGGUCUUAAGGACAGUGGGUAUCUUGCAAUUCCAUGGAUUUGUAGCCUUAAAAACCAGGGAUGAGUGUUGUGGUCAAGAAUGGGCAUUGUACAUAAGUAAGGGGGGCUAAGGGUGGGACUUCUCGCUUGUUGAAAUAAUGUAGAUAAGAUCUCCAUAAGGAAACCAUCCUUACCUUCCACAUACUUAUACUUACCUUCCACAUACUUGCAUUUUUAUACACCUCAUUUAUUUAUGGGUCUUUGUUCCCCCAAUCUAUCCCUCUAUUAUUUUUGUGUAUAUAAUGUAUCACUUUUGGGUUUUUUAUAUAUGAUGUGAAAAGUGUCUAUCCCAGUAAAAUUAGGCAUAAGGAUGCUUUGUGGUAAGAAGAGGCAGCUGGUAAUGAUGUGAGGGGAUGAUAAUUUCUAAUAUAUGUUCCAGUUGUGACCAUCUCCUGGGGACCAUUGUGUGACUUAUAUAAAUAAAGACAAAUUGUACUCAUG